AGGGAACUGAAUUGAAUCUCAAGCAAUACAGUCGGAUUAUCUCAAAGUGUUCUAAUUUCCAAGAGAAGCAAGAAGAAAUGGCUGACAACUCCCAGAAGAUGAGCUACCACGCUGGUGAGGCCAAGGGCCAAGCUCAGGAGAAGGCUAACACAAUGAUGGACAAGGCUAGCAAUGCUGCACAGUCCGCCAAGGAAUCGGUGCAGAAUGCAGGAGGACAGAUGCGCGCAAAGGCAGAGGGAGCUGCUGAAUCUGUCAAGGAUGCCACUGGCAUGAACAAAUGAUCGAUCAAUCCAAGCUAAAAUAACUUGUGCCUCUAUUUUCUAGGCCAAUUUCUUCUUUAGUAUGUUCUUUCUUUUUUGGUUACGUUCUUUAAUUUGUUGUCGUUUAUCAAGAAGAGAGCUAGUACUCUAAACUCUAAAAAAGCUUCUUGUUUUUCACUC